GCCUUGAAGUGUCCAGGUUGUCUGCAGUUGUAACAGAGAAGCUCACCACUGCUCUCUGUAGCUUUGACCUUCUGGAAGGGCUUUCUGCUGAAUGAUGGACUUCUUCCAUCUUUGGGAUUCUUCAUAAACUUCUUGAAUCUCCUAGCAAAAGCAGCCAUAUAUUCGUCAGAUAAAAGUGCUGAGGGGUAAAAAUCAUUUACCUUUGAUGUACUGGAAGUGAGGGCUGUGGUGGUCUUUUCUUCUAGUGCAUCUUCCCUCUCUUCAAUCAUUUCAAACUCAUGAGCUUUGAGAUCUGAAAUGAGCUUAUCAGUGGGAUAAGUCUUCACAUCCUUGCUGGCUUGAACAACAACCACCUUCAUCUUCCAUGCUGAGGGCAGUCCUCUCAACACUUUGAGGUUGAUCUCCUUGGUGGUAAGUUCCUUGCCAAGCUCAGAGAUCUCUCCAGUGAGAGUGAGGAGCGUUUCAUACAUCUUGGAGAUGCUUUCACCAGGAAGAAGCUUGAAGUCAUCAAACUUCUUGUUAGCUAUUGUCAGCUUGUUGUCCUUCUCUUGCUCAUCACCAGCUCCAAUGAGCUCAAGAGUAUCCCAGAUUUCCUUGGCAGUCUUGCACUUCUUUAUCCUGUUGAAGUACCUAUCAUCGAUGGACUUGUAAAGAAUGUCUUUAGCAAUGUUGUCCAGAUUGUAUUUCCUUUCUUCUGUAGUCCACUCAGAUUUGGCCUUAUUGAUCAUCUGAGGUCUGGUGUUGUCAAUAGCAUGCUCUGGGUUGACCUUCUGGAAGCUUGUGAACGGCCCAAUGUCAAGUACUUCCCACAUCUCAUCAUGCAGAGCACAGAGAUGUGCCUUCAUUCGGAUCCUCCAGUCAUCAAACUUGAGAUCUGAGAACAUAAGAUUCUUGGAAAGGGAGUGAUCCAUUAUAUCAGAUUAAAAAAGAGGUAAACAGAAAAACAAGUGGAUCUUUGUUCUGCAAAUAACCUAAGAGAUUAUUAGAACAAGGAGGCUCUGAUACCACUUGUUGGUCCCGGUUGUACUGGAUACAGUCUAGAGGGGGGGGGGGGUGAAUAGACUGUAUUGGUUUUUAACUUUUUCAAGCUUAGUACCAGAUUUAACAGACUAGCCUGUUCUGUUGGCAGAACAGACUGGCAGCGGAUGGGGUUCUGGUAGGGGGUUCUGUUAGUUUAGCCUCAGAGAAGCAACGGCAGUAGGCCUUCUGUUAACUCACAAGACAAGUUCUGCUGAACACAGAUACCAAGUCUUUGGAGUUAAACAGUUCAAAUAAAAACUAUAAGUAAAAUGCAGUAAGUAAAUGACACCAGAACUUUUUAUAGUGGUUCAAGGAACAACUUGUUCCUCUAGUUCACUGUUCCACUAAGCUUGUAAAAACGACCGUUUACAACGCCUUAGCCCUAUCACUUAAGAAGCUCUCCACGUCUUCUUCAAGUGUAGAUGUCUCCUUGGAUGCACUUCUGGCUUCCUUAAGACUGGUCCUUUCACUGAGCUUUCCCGGAAGUAUCACUACUUCACUGCUCCAGGUACUUGGACGUCCUUCUUGUGAAAGAAGAGUUUCUGUUAAAAACAGGGGUUCCUCCAACUUGUUUCGUUACAAAAGAUUUGUAUAUGAAGAGCUUGAAGAUUUGAAGAACGAUUAGAACUUUGCUUGAGUUGGAAGUAGGAAGCUUUCCAACGUCUGCCUUCUCUUGUAGAAGAUAAUGAAGAUUUUAUCUCAAGGAGGCUUUUUGCGUUUUUAGCGUUUGAAUGUUUUGUAUGCGCACUGUUGUAGCAAAGUUAUCCGGUUGUUCUUCGUAGUGUAUCUUUUAUACUGAGGUUGUCUUCCCGUUGGAGGAGAAGGAGGACAACUGCAUUAAAUGAGCGGGCAGUUGACUUGACCAGUAGGACCUAGCAAAGUUGGCGGGUUACUAUUUUGGGAUAAAGCUAUCCUGACAUUGCGGCCAAUCAUCUGCAUUUACUCUAUAGAGUACGGGAGGCAUUAAAUGUGUAUUUAAUGCGCGUACUAUAGCUUUUCCGUUCAAGACUCCUAGCCGUUGAGGGAAUCUUCAGUUGGUUUACCGGCUUGGUGAAAUUCUUCUAAGUGUCAGGCCUUCUGGUGUCUUCAGCAGAGAGUCGAUCACAGAAGGUCUAGAGCACUUCUGUUGGAGAAAGCUAUCAGAGAUUCUUGAGGGUUUCUGUUGAAGAUUUGUCCAACAGAAAACCAAGAGGGUUUCUGUCCGUGUAAAGGCUAACAGAGACCCAGAGGUCUUCUGUUCUGAAGCAGAGAGCCAAAGGUCUUCUAUUGAAACAAAGCCUAUCAACGGUCUUCUGUCUGGAGGUCUUCUGUUCUGGAGGCCUUCUACCAGUCGACUACACUAAAGAACUUUACAAGGAAAAAUUCUAAUACAUUAAAUCUAAAGAGGGGUACUCUAAAGUCCUAAUUAAUAUAGCAUAAUCAAAAUCUAAUUACAAAUAUUCCUUACAACAGUCCUCGUGGUCGUAAACGUUCCCAUGAGGACUCCGACGAUUCGGAUCCUCAUGAGGGGGAGAACAAGUGGCCACGAACACUCAAGCAAACUGCUUUAGCCAGCCACACUCCACAGCCCGUUCAACCUGAAACCCCUACCAACCAACAGCCACCCGUAACCAAACUUUCUAGCCUGGUCGAGCUAGAUGAAACAUCCUGAGGCGUAUCUCCUAAAGAUACCAACCGAGGAGGGGAUGGAAGUCCUGAUGAUGCUACUACUGGUACAUCUUAUAAGUCAGGCCAUCAGUUAGAACCUCGUUCGAAGAUGAUGACAACGGGAAAUCCUAAUGACCCCGGUGUCCCAGUUAACAGGUCUCCGUCACUACAAGAUCAACCAGCUACUACCAUUCUGUCAUCAGAUAAAAUGCACGAUCAACUUGAGGAUAUCAUCAUUCACGAAAAAUGGCCCAGACAGUGGACAGAGAUGGAUCAAAUCAUGCAGGAUGAAGAAUGUGAAGAUAUGCAAAGGAACUGGUUCUUACGAGAACUCAUAAACAAAUGUGCAGAGGACAUAAUCAGGCUCGAGGAUGAUGAACGAAAGGAAGGGGAAAACUACAAGGAAACUCAGAAAGAACUUGAAUCUGUUGUCAGACAAACGGCGGGACGACUUCCCAAGACAGAGAAACCUUGGGAAAAUGUACGCAUCAAAGUCCCCUUGCAAGAGGAAAUCAGAGAGCGUAUAUGGCGUAGACCAGAGAAAGUCAGACCUCUGAAUGAACUAAAGCUGCGUGGACUCACCCAUCUCAAAGGAAAGCAGGCAGGAGGUCAUCUUCAUAUGCUGAUGCAACGGUCAACCGGGACUCAACGAGAACUGAUGGAACAGGAUAUGAAAUCCAACAUUCUCCCAAUUCAUCAAAUCCUACAGGUCAAGGCUGAGGAUUAUCAUGGAGUGAGAUUCUACUCUUACAAACUUCAACGCACCGAUGGGAGUGAAUUCACAUGCCAGGAAAACGAUUUCAUCAUGCUCAAACCAGACGACAUCUAUCAAAUGUUUAUGGCAUACAUAUAUCUCCCAGUCAGACAAAGCAGAAUAUACAGUGAAGGCCUCGCAGCAAUCAAGAGGUUCAUGCUCAGACAAGUCAGAGUUCACUCAUCUCACGACCUACAGAUGGCUAUCGAGUGCAACAUGAAAAAAACAAAUCUAACAAAGCCAAGAUUGUAUGGUCCAGAGCUCGAGGACUUCCCUGCAUACCACAUCUUCUUCACACCGCCAGCAGUCACAUAUCUCAACCACAAGAAUGAAAAACGCCUGAUGAUGGUUAGCGAAGUUGAGAAAUACUGUGAUGGAACGCUCAAGAUCAUCAGAGAACAGCUGCUGAAGAUGAAGGAACAGCUAGAACAAAAACUUGAGGAGGCAUCGUCAUACAUUCAAAAGGAACAUUCAACACUGGAAAUCAUUCUAAAAGCCAUCGACGAUCAUCUGGACAAGAGAAACAUGCUGAGAAUAUAUGAGCACACACUAAAUAUGAGGAAGCACUACUUCAAAGCUCAGAAGCAAUAACAAGGUGGCACUUGAUCACAAAGGGGGAGAUUGUUGAAGAUCAUUUAAUUGUGAAUCAAGUUUUUCACCUAUCUUGUAAUAGAUUAGCUUUAUAUUAUCCGUGUAUUCAUUAUUUUUAUUUAUUAGGUUAAAGAAUAUGGGACCAAGUGUCAGGCCCAUAUCAGGCUGAAAGCCUUUUCCGCCAACCCUAUACCUGUGCAUAUAAAAAGGUGUUUCAGGUUUAGGGUUGUGUUAACUUUCGUACUCGUUCCAAAUAGCCUUAGCGCAAAUUCUUCUCUGUACGAGUUCACGAUAUAUCAAGGAAGGUUUACAUCGAUCUAUCUGUGUUCAUCUUUACUGUUAAUCUUCUACUUGUUAUACUGUUAUUCUUUGCUGUAAUAGAAAACAGAGACUAACUUGAUAGAUCAGCACACAGUUCUACUCCCUUUCGCCUCGAGUAGUCUCGACUCAGGGAGUGGGGGACUCCCGAUGGAGUAUAUAGACUCGGACCCCCGGGUCUCACGACUAUUGGGCCCGGACAGCGGCCCACGUACACUCAGCUGAUAUCAUUUUCAUUAUUGUACAUUAUUAUUAUUAUUCUGGUGUUCUAGAUUAGCCUUUUAUAUUAUCAGUUCAUUUAUGUAACCGGGUCUGUUAGACCCAUAUUAGAGGCCCAGACCUGGAAAUUCUUCUAUAUAUACUCCCUUAGGGAGUUCUUGUAAACCUAAUUUACAACUCAUUCAUACAUUACUAUUCAUUCAUCUUCUUCCUCACAUUAGCUCAAAUCUCUCCAUUUUAUUAUAGUUUGGAUAUCCCUAUAAUCCAUCAGUGGAUAUUUUCUUAGCUUAUGCUUCUGGACGAAGCAUCUUUUAAGGAGGGUAGAUUGUGACAUUCUAAAAAAUUAAAUAAAUAAAUAAUUUUAUUAGUCUGAUGAAAUGCUACGAAUGUGACAUUUUAAUAAUCAAGUGUAGCAGAUAAAAUUUUAACAUUGGUGCCAUUUUUAGUGAGGAAAAAAUGUUUCAAUAAUAAAAGUGACAUUUUUAUAAUAAUUAAGUUGACCAGGACUUUGACUUAAAUGAAAAGCGUUGUCUUUGUAACAACCAAUAAAUAUACAUAUGACAUAAAUAAUAAUAGUGACAUUUUAACAAUUUCAAUCAAUCAAUAAUUGGUUUACGGAAAUAUACAAAAUAAAGAAUAACAAAGUUAAAAGAAGUAGUACACAUGAUACAAAUAAUACGAAGUAGCAUAUUGAUACACCGCUGCCACGUCAUAGCACACGUGAACGCAUGAUGAAUCCCACGUUUUAUGACACCAACACUUACGUUAAUGCCCUGCUAUUUUAAUAUUAUUUUAUUGUGUUCAAAUUAAUUGUAAUUUAAUUAAUGAGUCUUUGUAUAUUAAUUAGAUUAGCUGAGAGAGAAUUAGGCCCAUUUAAUCUGGCUCAAAUAAGCCCACACGCCUAAAUCUGUUAUUUCCUAAUUGUAAUAGGGCUGGCCGAACUACUCCCUAUAAAUUCAGAAGGAGUUAGUCGAAAUCAGCUCUAAGUCUCUACACAUUCUAUUCUGCAUAUUAUUCUCUAUAGAGCCAGUAGAUUAGAAUUCUCUCUCUAGCUUAUUCAUUCGAGUACUUUGUAUUGUUCUUCAUGGAAUCAUCAUUAUAUAUACACGGUAUACGUUAUUUGUGAGAUUUCUCUUCUACUGUUUAAAUUCUUCAUAAGAUUUAUAGAUUAAUUGACUUUUAAAUCUGGGCAUACUUCACACACCUGCACACUUGGACUGAGGGAGCUGGAAGCUACUGCACGUGAAAGGAGCUCCUGCAAAUUAU